GUGGCCAGAAGAGAGUUGAGCGGCCCCUGCUUUACGCCUCGUGCAACGGGCAUCUCCAUCGCGGACCUCGCUGCUCCCCACCAGAGCUUUAAAAGGCUGGCGUCGUUGCCCCCCCUUGUUAGGCUCCUGUGGACGCGCUAGGUGAUCCGGAAGCUGCGCACGGCGCGACAGGUUAGCCUUUUCGUAGGUCUGUGUGGCCCUUCCGGCCCUUCCUGUCACGUGACUCGGGCGCUUAGGCGGUGACGCGAUUCGCAUGCGCCGCACUUGCAGACGGAAAGAGGCGGGAGAAGACGGCGCGGCUGGGAUGCCUCCGCCGAGCAGAGGUGAGGCAACGGAGCCCCCCAUCCUCGCGCCCCGACAACAGCCCCGCUAGGUGGGGAAGGCCGAGGCGGACCUUCCCCGCUUGCUCCCGGCUGGAUGUUCAGACCCUGCAUCCUCCUUGCGCACAAUUGCUUGUCUCUGACUGGCAGCGGCUCUUCGGGAUCUGUCCCUGACUAGCAGCGGCUCCUCGAGGUUUCAUAGAGCCCGACUUUGGGAGUGAAGAGCCGGCCUUUUAAGCUUGCUGAGAUGACUCCCCUGUUCGGCCACUACAGGAGCAGGGAGAUGGCUGCCUCUCAUUUUCCUCAACCCAGUUAUCUCUUGACGAGCUUAAAGACAGACUGCCUGAACAAGCCUUUUGCCCAGAGGUGUGAUGAUCUGGAGACUGUCAUUGAAGACUUUCCUGCCAAGGAACUGCAUUCCAUCUUCCCCUGGUUGGUCGAGAGCAUCUUUGGCAGCCUGGAUGGCGUCAUCUUGGGUUGGAAUCUCCGUUGUUUGCAAGCAAGGACUAACCCAACCGAGUACAACCUGGUCCUGGAGUUCCUUGAUCCUGGAGGCCCGAUGAUGAAGCUGGUUUACAAACUCCAAGCUGAGGAGUACAGAUACGAUUUCCCAGUCUCCUACCUUCCAGGCCCUGUGAGAGCUUCAAUCCAAGAACAGAUCCUCCCCGAAUGUUCUCUGUACCACAACAAAGUCCAGUUCCCCCCAGCUGGUGGCCUGGGGUUGAACUUGGCCCUCAAUCCCUUUGAGUAUUAUAUGUUCCACUUUGCAAUCAGCCUGAUCACCCAGAGGAACAUCUCCACCACCUACCACGUCAGCACUUCCAACAGUGCUUACUUCAUCCUGGUGGAUCGCUACUUGGAGUGGUUCCUUCCCAUAGAAGGCAGUGUCCUCCCGCCCCCCUCUUCCGAUCCCGGAGGGGCCGUCCCGUCACCUGCUCCCAGGUCUCCGGCCAUGCCUUUCACUUCCUAUGGGAUGCACCCCACGAGCCUGUUGAAAAGGCACGUUUCUCACCAGACUUCGGUGAACGCAGACCCUGCUUCUCAAGAAAUCUGGAGGUCGGAAACCCUGCUUCAGGUCUUUGUGGAGAUGUGGCUUCACCAUUACUCCCUGGACAUGUAUCAGAAGAUGCAGUCUCCUCAAGUCAAGCUGGAGGUUCUCCACUACCGGCUCAGUAUGUCCAGUAUCCACCACGGUAGUCCUGCCCCAUCCAGCUGCCAGGCCCUCCACACAUAUCAAGAGUUGUUCAGGCCCACCGAGGAGCACGUCUUGGUGAUCCGGUUACUGGUGAAGCACCUGCAUGCUUUCAGCAACAGUCUGAAGCCAGAGCCGUCUUCCCCCUCGGCGCAUUCCCACACGCCCAGCCCGCUGGAGGAAUUCAAGAGGAUUGUGAUUCCUCGGUUUGUGCAACAGAAGCUCUACAUCUUCCUGCAGCACUGCUUCGGCCACUGGCCUCUGGAUGCCUCUUUCCGAGCCGUUCUGGAGAUGUGGCUCAGCUACUUGCAGCCUUGGCGAUACGCCCCGGAGAAGCUGCUUCCGAGCCCAGAGCCGGCCCCUCGCCUUGUCUUGGACAGAUGGGCUCCUUUUGUGCAGGAGAACUUGCUGAUGUAUACCAAGCUCUUUAUCAACUUCCUGAACCGAGCUCUCCGUACAGACCUGGUCAGCCCCAAGAAUGCCCUGAUGGUCUUCAGAGUGGCCAAGGUCUUCGCCCAGCCCAACCUUGCGGAGAUGAUCCAGAAAGGAGAGCAGCUCUUCCUGGAAACGGACCUUGCCCUGCCUCACCGCCAGCACCGACUCUUCAUGAGUCCCAGCCUUGCGGGGAGCUUCCUCUCCCCCCGGCCGCCGACCAUCACAGAUGCUUCGUUUAAGGUGAAGAGUCACGUCUACGGCCUGGAGGGGCAGGACUCCCAGUACAAGCCCAUGUUUGGGCUAGAAGUCAGGAAUCUGGUGCUGCGAUUGGCCCAGCUCAUCGGGCAGGCCCAGCAGACGGCCAAAUCCAUCUCGGACCGUUCCAUAGAGGCCUUGGCUAGCCAGUCCUUCCUCUCCUGGUUCCGGUUUGGCCCGGCUGACUUGAACGGCUCCUACACAGGCAACGACAUGGAUGAAAUUGGGCAGGACAGCAUCAAGAAAACAGACGAAUACUUGGAGAAGGCCUUGGAAUACUUGUGCCAGAUAUUCCGGCUGAAUGAAGCCCAGUUGAGCCAUCUGAUGUUGAACUGGAGGUCAGCUCAAGAUGAGAACGGGAAGAAGCAGCUUCCAGACUGCAUUCAGAGUGAGGAUGGGCUAAUUCUCACGCCGCUUGGCAGGUACCAGAUCAUCAAUGGCCUGCGCAGAUUUCAGGUAGAAUACCAAGGAGACCCCGAGCUGCAGCCCAUCCGAAGUUACGAGAGCACCGUCCUUGUGCGGCUGCUUUUCCGGCUGUCCUCUGCCAUGAACGAACGGUUUGCAGCCCAAAUGGAGACUCUCUGUGCCCGGCCAGACUUCCUUGGCAGCUUCUGCCGCUACCAUCUCACUAACCCCUACCUCAUGGAGAAGACCAGGCACAGCCCACUGGCCAAGCAGCGUCCAGGCCCGAUUCGACAGCCGAGAAUCAGCCUGAGGUUUCUGGCCAGCUACAGGACUCUCCUUUCCCUGUUCCUGCUGUACUUCGUUGGCUCGUGGUUCUGUAUUGGGCCCCUGGCCUUUCUUUUCCUCCUCCUCCUUGGAUAUCUCUUGUAUGCCACCGUCAUGACUCUCUUCACUGAAAGGAGGAGGAAGCCGCCCCAUCAGCACUGAUAUUUUUGCACUUUUGUUGCAACAACAGAUCUCCUUGGUAAAUCAGGGUGGGGGCCUGUGGAAAGAUGCUGGCUAAAAUCACAGGCUCGUGUGGUUGAUUAAAUCUCAUAUUUUUAAUCGGGUACAACAGAUUUGUAAACAGAGGGCUGUGUACCUUUUGUGACUGACAACACUAUGCUUGUUGGUAAAUCCUAUUUUGAUAAACUGCCUUUUUUAUUGUUAAAAAAAAAUCAGACAAUGGACUAUA